CUUGGAGAAAAGUUUGUAUUCAUUGCUUUUUUUAAAAGAGGACUGUAGACAGCGAUAGAAGCGCUCCAGAUGCGGCAGACGUGCAGUGUGGACGCUCAGUUCUGAAAGUUGCAGGGAGCAAGUCCAAGGCCUGUGUGGUUUUUUCCCCCCAGGUGAUACCAUAAAACGGCUUUCAUUUGCGGGUAGCUGCAAAUGUUUUUACACAACUGGAAGCUCCCUUGGAAUCAGUCUCUUUAAGUGCAUUGAGCGGUAAUUAAAAACAGCAAUUCUUUUUGAAGUCAUGCAAGGAAGAAGCUGGGAAGCGUUUGUUCAAUGGGAGGACUUGUCCCUGUUUGAGAAGGAGAAUGAUUUUUGACGCUUUAAAGAGUUUUCCUAAAGACUAACUUGAAGUGCUAACCCAGAAGCUGCUGUUUGGGGCCAUUCCUCUCCCCUCAAACCCCACGAACACUUGCUCCCCUGCAUGCCUAAAGGACAUUUCCUCCCCUGCAUGGACCAUGUCAGAAAUGGCAGAACCUGUUACUUGUGAGAAGUUCGAGGCCAAUGUGUUUGCCAAGAGCCGCUGCCAGAACUGUUUCCGAACAGUCGCUGCGCACCAGUGUGGUAACCAGGAAGUGAAGGAAAAAGCCGUGAAAACAUCUGACUUUGCUGUGGAUAGCAAGGAGUCCAGUGCCUGUGACCCAUGGGACCCACUGUGCAUUUUGGUGCCCCAGUGUGAGCUCUACGUCUGCGUGGGCUCCGAGGACAAAACUGAGAGCUGGCAGGAAAGUUUGGAGUACACUCAGCUUAGCUGCAAAGUUGAAGACGAAACUGAAGAAGCCAGUCCUUGUCCUGAUGCCAACACACUUCUUGGCAUUGAGACAGACACCAAUGACACGCUUCCCACGGACUGGGAAAUGACCAGACUCCUCAACAGCAUUUUGGGAUCUGACAAAGGAGACAUGAUGUACUAUGCAGGCCAGAAGCAAGCAGUACAACCUGAAAGCCUUCCCUCUGAUAGACCUAGAUGGGCUGAGGCAGCACCAUCUGGCAGAACAGAAUCCAAGAGCCGUCCGAAAACAGAAUGCAGAACGACGAGCCAAGACGAUGGGGACAGUAGGAGGAAGCGUCAAGCAGACAGCAGCUAUUUCUCUCUGGAGCGUCAGAAGUCUGACCCAACCCGGGCCUCAUCGCCAUCCCCUGCAGGACGUAGUACCUUACUUGUCCAUGGCAAUGCCAAGGCAACAGGUGGGUGGCCCGCUUCCUCUGUUAGCUCAGUAGACUCAGACAUGAGCUGGAGGACAAGUGGCAGCCACGAGAGUCGGCAUGGACUGAUGAGGCAGGAGUACACGGUGUUGGCAGACGUGCCUAAGACAAAGCGACUCAACCAUCGGCAGGCAUUUGAGAAAGACCGCAGCAGCUCCCGCACCCAAAGUCCUGGCCGAGCAGAGGUGGAACGCAUCUUUGGACUUGAGCGCAGGAAGUCAGAGACACUGGAAGCGUUCCAAGCCCUGGAGGAAGGGCUCUUAGAGCGGCUGGACAGUAAGACCUUGAAGCUGGCCAAGGAGGGGCGGCUUGUGAGGAGGCAGUCAAGCCCUACACUGCGCAAAGAACCUCUUCCGGCAAACAAGAAACUGCCUUGGGAGUCUGGACAGCCCAGCAAAAGUGGAGGGGAAUCCCUGCGCUCAGGGAGGCAGAGUCAGAGACCUGAGAGAACAGGUCGGAGCCAAGGCGAGUCUCUGCGCUCGAGGAGUCCAGCUCAACAGCCUGAGAGAGAAAGCCGGAGCAGAGGAACGGGGGUCCAACAUCCGGCAGCUCCACUCUCUCAACGGGCAGAGAAGAAGAGACCAGAGGAGCCUGUGCGCACCCCAAGAGCACCCCUUUGUUCUGGGAGGCAAACAGAUAGUGGUAGAAAAAGCCACCCAGAGACUGUGCACCUCAAGGUCUCUAGCAAGACCCCAGAUACCAAAUGGAAGACCUGCCUGGAUGUCUUGCACAUAGCCAAACCUGCAAAGAGUGUAGACAAGAGUCAGGUGAGUCACAAGAGGCCACUUGAGAGAUACAAAGAGAGUGACCGCAAGGCCAGGGGCAAACCUUUGCUCCCUGUUGAUACAAGUGAGAGGGUGAGAGAGGACUCUAGAGACCGCCAAGAAGCCGCACGGGCUUUCAGCCCAGGUAGGGGAACAGCAGCCAGAGAGAAAACUGGGCAAGCACCAAGUCCUCCAAGACACAGAGAGGUUAGCAGGGGAACUCAAGGAGAGACCAGGAGCACUGUCAAUUCAGGGCGAGACCUGGGAGUCACUUUGAAAAGUCACAGAGAUGCCGGGGGUAUGUUCAGUCUUGGACGAUCUAGUGGUGGAAGCCAACAAGAGUCCAGGCGCUCCCUCAGCCCUGGGAGAUGUAGAGAAAGCAAUUGGAAGGACCUUGGGGAGGCAAGACGUUCUCCCAGUCCGGGUAGGCUAAUGGAGGGUAUUUGUGCAUGUUCGAGUCAAGGAAGGUGCUGUGCUGUUUCAGAGCUGUAUGCAGAGAACAGCUGGAAGAGCCAAAGGGUGGCUGCAAGGAAUCAAAGUGACUGGCCAAGCAAGGAGGCACCGAGCUCUUUCACACAUAGCAUGAAGGAGAACAGUGAGUGCAAGUAUUGCAGUAAAUCAUUAUGCCCCACAAGUCUGCCAGUCCCCGAGCAGAGGAGGACUGGCCAAGAACAACUCCCUCGUUCCUUGAGACCAGAAAGUAGCUCCAGAAGCCAAGAAGGGUCCUUGUGCCAUGUGCAUCCAAUGCAGCUCUUAGAAAGAGAAUGGACAAGCCAAAGGGAACACCAGCAUACUAUAACACCAGAACAGUCUCCAGUGGAGAGUAACUUGAGAACCCACAGGGAUCCACCAGGAUGGGUGGAGGAGGAGAACCAGGAGGAUCAGAGUCCUAUGAGACCAGAAUUACAAAUGGGCAACAGCUGGAACAAUGAGGAGAAGCUCUUCCACCAGCACGAGUUAGAUGGAGGACAACCUCCAAAAAGUACCUGCUCCCCAAGAAGUCACGACCCUUAUCUGGACACGAGCAAGAAACACAAGCCAGAUCUUCUCAAUUUCAAGAAAGGAUGGAUGUCCAUAUUGGAUGAACCAGGAGAGUGGACGAAGCACUGGUUUGUGCUGACAGACUCAAGCUUGAGAUAUUACAGGGACUCCAAUGCUGAAGAGGCAGAUGACCUGGAUGGGGAGAUUGACCUGCGUUCUUGCACUGACGUGACGGAGUAUGCAGUGCAGCGGAACUAUGGCUUCCAGAUACAUACUAAAGAUGGUGUCUUCACGUUAUCUGCAAUGACAUCAGGAAUCCGACGGAAUUGGAUUGAGGCUCUGAGGAAAAGUAUACGUCCUACUAGCGUGCCGGAUGUGACAAAGCUAUCUGACUGCAAUAAGGAGAACUCCUUCCGCGGCUACGGUUCCCCCAAGAGCUCCAUCCGGCCUGAAGAGCAGCGGCCCAGCGCAGGACCCGAGGCCAUAAGCAGAGGCAGCCACAGGAAAGCGGAUGGGCAGCACCAUGCCUUUGACUAUGUGGAGCUGUCCCCCUUGCAGCAGGGGUCCCAGCUGAGCCAUGGGUCCCCCCAGCGGACAAGAGGGAGCGCAAGAGCAACGGAAGCAGCUGCCGGAAAACGCGAGGACCUGGAGCGGGACCUGGCCUUACGCUGGGAGGAAAGGCGGAAAUGGUUUGAAUCUCCAGCCAGUGGAGUCUUGCAGACAGAUGGUCCAGCAGGGGAUCUCUGCCAAAAGGGGCAGGAACCCCCAGGCCCUCAUCUCUCGGAAACUCAGAAGAGUCGGCUGAGUGAAGAGAUCGAGAAGAAGUGGCAGGAGCUGGAGCGCCUCCCCCUGAAGGACUCCAAGCGGAUACCGCUGAUGGCAUUGCUGAACCAAGGCAAAGGAAACCAAGGAGAGAAAAACGAAGCUCUGGAGAAAGAGGUUCAGGUCCUGAGAUCACAACUGGAGUCAUUUCGUGCCCAUAAUGUGGCAAAAUCUCACAAAGAUGGGCAGGUUCCUCGAGGCUACAUCUCUCAGGAGGCCUGUGAACGCAGUUUAGCUGAGAUGGAAACGUCCCACCAACAAGUCAUGACAGAGAUGCAGCGGCACCAUCAGCGGGAGGUGGAGCGAUUGCAGCUGGAGAAAGAGCGACUUCUGUCCGAGGAGGCAUCUGCCACUGCUGCAGCAAUUGAAGCACUGAAGAAGGCACACAGAGAUGAACUGAAUAAAGAGCUGAGCAGAACACGCAAUUUCCAGAAGAGCGGUUCAAAUGCAGAUAUACUCCAGCAACAGCAUCAGUCUGAUGUAGAGUCCAUGAAGCGGGAACUGCAGGUCCUUUCGGAGCAGUAUUCCCAGAAGUGCCUGGAGAUAGGGGACCUUGUGCACAAGGCAGAAGAGCAGGAACACAUGCUGCAGCGCUGCCAACAGGAGGGAAAGGAACUCCUACGGCAAAACCAGGAGUUACAGAGGCGACUGUCAGAGGAGAUUGGGCAGUUGCGGGCAUUCAUCACAGCACAGGUUUCAGGCGAUGGCUCUUCACACAACAGUGAGAGGAAUUCUUGUGAACUAGAGGUGCUGCUUCGAGUGAAGGAAAACGAGCUCCAGUACCUGAAACAAGAAGUCCAGUGUCUUAGAGAGGAAAUUCAAAUGAUGCAAAAGGAUAAGAGGUUUGCAUCAGGAAAAUACCAAGAUGUCUACGCAGAGUUGAACCACAUCAAGCGGCGGUCAGAGCGAGAAAUUGAGCAGCUGAAGGAGCACCUGCGCCUGGCCAUGGCAGCCCUCCAGGAGAAAGAGAUGAUGCACAACAGUAUCGGUUAGCUUGCUUUUUGUCUCUGGCUUUGGAUGGUAAAGCUGUAUCCUAGUGACCAACGUUCCCCCUAAAGGAAACAAGACCAAGACUCCACCAGACCAUCCAUUGCGUGCACCUCCAUAACUCAGCAUAUUGGGGCUGGAUCCUACUAUUUGCACCUUCUUUGGAAUUUUAUACAUGAAAAUAUAUUUUAUAUGGUGGGGUGGGUUAUGUUAAGAAAUAGUAUACUAUGUUUUUAACCAGCAGGUGACCAGAGCAGUGAAUCAGAUACCUUGUCCCAGCCUCCCCUUUAGUCAGAAUAAAUUCAUUUUCCAAAACCUUGAGUAUAUCUAUAAAGUGGAAAUGGUAGGCAAAGCUACCUGUUUAAACAAAGAAGCAAAGUUGCACACAUCCAACUUCACAGUGCAUCUUCUUGGAAGAAAGAUGUUGCUUCAUGAUGAUUCAUGUUUUGAGAUGCACUGUGUGCUGGAAGAAUGUAUUGUGGCUGCUUUGUGUUGUGACUAUUUUGCUGGAGGGACCAGUUUUGUCCAGAGACUGUAGGAUUUCUGGUUUGUUUGUUUGUUGUUUGUUUGUUUAACUAAGGAUCUGGGACUAGCCAUUUGUUUCCAUAUACUUGAAACAAAGGCAAACUUUCCUGUGUUGAUGAAAACCUCUGCACAUCCUACUACAAGGUCAGCGUCCAGUGCAUUCCAGAAGCUCAUCUUCCACCUCUGCGUUCCUGGGGUGAGGAAAGACUUCACUGCUGACGUCGCCAGAGCCAAACAAUGACGGCGGCGGGUUUUUCUUUCUUUCUGCACAGUUAUAAACUAACAUAAUAAAAAUCCUCAAGAUACCAAAA